AUGGCACAAACUAACAUUAUGCGAAUAUUCCAUUAUUUUAACUGCUAAUAUGUCUAAUUUUGGUGUAGGCAUUUAUUUUUUGACUAUACUUUGGUUUGUAACGUUAAUGCUGUGCUGGGUUUCUGUGAGAACUGGUCAUUACGUGGGUAAAAUAUCGGUUGGUGUGUCUUUGGUUUUAACGGUGGUACUGAUAUCACUGCCAAAAGGGGACGUGCACGAUUACAGUGCCAACUUUUAUGACCGUUUGUUUGUUUUGCGAUACGCGAUUCUCUCGUUACUGCUUGUUAGCUGUGUAAUUGGUCUAGCGUUUUGUUUUGUGUAUAUUUGUCUUGCGCCGAUUGAAACUAGAAAGCAAAGAACUUUCGGUACUCUUUAUUGACUGUCAUGAUCAUCAUGUCUAAUGCAAUAUGCCGUGGACUGGGAUCUCCUGUCAGGAGUUUAGCAAAAUUAAGAAGAGCCACUUCCAUCUCCACAUCAAUAGUCCACAAUGAAACCAUAUUAGUUAAAAAUAAUAAUGAAUUUGUAAAUAAGGUAAUGAAUAAUGACAAACCCGUGAUAGUAAAUUUCCAUGCGGAUUGGUGUGAACCAUGCAAGAUCCUCACUCCGAAGCUGAAGGAGCUCAUUGAGCCGCUCGGGAACCUGGACCUGGCUAUUGUGGACGUGGAGGAUAAUGCGGACUUAGUACAUACUUUUGAGGUAAAAGCGGUUCCCGCCGUGAUAGCAAUCCGCAACGGGCUGAUAGUAGACAAAUUCAUUGGCUUGGUCGACGCGGACAUGAUCACCGGCCUCAUAGACCGGAUGUCCGGCAAAACAAAGGAGAAGUCGUAAGCUGCCCGUGACAAUGCACCUCUGUUGAUAUUAUCUCGAAUACAAUCGAUUGUUUUAUCAUACUCGUGACGAUUGGUCUUCAACUACACUUACUUCAACUAAAGAUGUUGAGACAUCUUUGGGUUGUCGCACAUUAAUAUCAGAUAGAGUUGUUCUCUCUCCAAAAAUAAAAUACUAGGCAACAAAUGAAUAUAAUAAUAGUUAUUUUGUAGCUAGUGGGAUAAUAAAUAUUGUGUACCUGUGCACCAAUCUAAUUAAUAUAACACUUAGAAUUUAGUGUCAUUUCUAAAACGUUCAUUUAUUUUUUUAGAAAAAACGCAAAUUACCUGUAUUGUCAUAAAUAUUGUUAUUCCUUUGGAAUGGCUACAGUAUUAAAACGUAAAUAAGUAUGAAAGCUACUUUUUACUGUGCAAAUUGUGAGAGACCAAUAAAUUUGUAGCUAUUUAAAAAUGUUACAUGAAUGUUAUGUUAUAGUAGGAAACUGUCGUCUUACGACUCACUAUUAUUGAUUGUUCUAGAGAUCUGUCGACAAAGUAGGUAGAAGUCACUAAAUUAGUUGAAAUAGUAAAUAAUUCGAUAUUUUUAUCAUUUUCUUAAGAUUAAAUCAACUCUGCAUACUUUAAUAGCAAUUAGAUUAUAAUUUUUGGAUACAAAUUAUAUAAUACGUAUACAUAUAUUUUUAGUGUCUCAGUAAUGGAAAAUUAUAUUCGACCUAGUCUUCUCAAGACUGUUUUCAAAUUGUGAUAAAAACAGGUUCGUGUUCUACUAAAAAUUAAAACACAAACAGUUCAUAUUUUUUAAAAAAGCCCAGCAGAAUGCCCUAUUUUUAUGAAACAAGUAUUUUAUUUUACUUUAUUGUUUUUUUUUUAAAAACUGGUAUUAUUUUAUUUGCUUUCAAUUUGGCUUCCUAUAUAUUUCUUUGGCGUGUGUUAAUGCAUAAAAGUGGAAGCGACUGCUGGGUUGGUGGUGACACUUUGAAAGACAAGAACAUUUAAGGGUCUUGUUGAAACUUGCCAUAUUUACCUAAGAACAUAAGUAUGAGUAGGCGACUAAUGUCAAAAGCGAUGAUGACUAGGUAUUUAGUAAGUAUUAACUAUUUGUAAUUUUAUCAAUUCUAUAACCUUUCACAUACUGCUGUACGUUUAGAUAAACUUUCUUUGCAUGUCUAUCAAGUUGGUUCUGACAAUAGUAUUGAUCUAUCGAUACAUAUCUUGGCUUACUGCUGCCUUAUAUCUUCUAAACAUCUAUAGAAAACUAAUGUAGCGAGCUGACUAUGUAUAGAAUUUCUGAUACAUAAUAAACAGUUGUUGAAAUAAAAUUUAUUUUGCUCAAAGGCAUACUUGCUAGUGUUUACUACGCUCUGAUUUAGUAUAUGUAGCAUAUAUUUUUAUUGAUUUAUGAUAAUUAUUUACAAAUCUUAUUUGCUCAUACACAUUUCAGUUUCUCACCGAGUAGUAACUAGUGAUAAUAAAUGAAUAAAAAUACUUUAAUAUUAAGUAUACGAGAAACACAAAGUUCCUUAUUUAUAGUUGAUUUAUUGAUAUCUAUGUGCUUUAAAUGUAAUCAUCUAUUAAAACAAGCUAUAUUUAUGCAAAAAUAUAAUCUGAAAUACGUACCUACCUUAGCUGUACUGUACUUUGAUUAGCAAUGCUAUUAUUGGAAUGUGAUGUUCCACCGGCUAAAAUGUACCUUAUGGUGGAGUCUGAAUUACGCAUAUUGAUCAAAACUAUUCGGAUU